AUGAGAUUGAUAAAUGUCUAUGCACCGUGCACCACCAUAUUGAAUCAAACAUCUCCUCUGUUAAAACUCUUGGAUAAAUAUAAAUCGAACGAAAACGACUAUCAAUACGAGCUAGAUUUUUCAUACUUAAAACCGUUUACUUCAUCUGUACAAUUUUACAUUAAAAAAUAUCAAUCGUUUCGGUUUUUUAAGUCCGUCAUUUUUCAAUGCGAAGAAAGUUCGUUGAACAGCACUGAUCCGUCUACACAAAAUAAUUGCUGCGCCUAUUUACAUUUCGAGUCACCUUAUUGUGAGUCUAUGCUGUUCACAUUAUCAGUUUGCAAAAAUUAUACUAUCCGUAACGGUAAAAUUGAACUAGACGCGCCUUCAAACCGCUAUGUAAUUGAGUGGCCAUAUAUUAACGUGGAACAAUUUCUGUGGUACGAGACGAAACUUCCGACACCGCUGUCUACCAUUCGCACAAGAGGAGUGUCAAACGUCGUGAUAAAUUUUAAACCUGGAGUAAACGUGUUGAAAAUAUGGGGUGAACUGCCGGCCAAAUAUUCGUUGACAAUUGAAUCGACUGUAGACUUUUCCCUCUUCCAUACGGUGCAAACCGUUUACGAAAAACUCAUCGACCAACCCAAAUCGUUGACGUCUUUGCACGUGUCUAUAAAGCAAAUGUUUUCACACCUAUGUUCCACGGAGCCAAAUACAGGUGAUCGUGGAAAAAACCUAUUAAGGUUUUACUCUUCAUUUUUGCCCUAUUCUGUUAAUAACGAAACCGAAUUGGAGAAAAUUGAAAGAUUAUCGAAUAUUUCGAAACAAGUUCAAACAGCCAUGGUAAACAUUGUAGGGAAUAAAUUCCCUAAUGAUGUACAAGUAACGACAGAAUUAUACAUAGAACUACAAGAAUUAUUACAAAACAAGUCGUUGGGAUUAAAAGAGAUUUUUUUAUUAGCGUUUAAACCAAAACCAACGCAAAAAUCAAAACCUGCUUCAAGUCAUUAUAAAAAAAUGAAAAACGAGAAGUCUAUAGUGAUAAAAAAAUCACUUAUCAAAUCAAAAAUAAACCAUGGUAAAAGUACUCCUAUAUCAACUUCAUCCAAAGUGCAUACUAAACCAACAAUAUCAAAAAUUAUUUAUGCACAUAUGUUUGAAGUAUUAUGCAAUGUUUUGCAUUCUGAUGAAAUUGACUUGGAUGAAUAUCAUAUUAAAAAUGAUUUAUUUAAUUAUGUAGUUAAUAUUAUUUUCGAUGAGAAUACUACAAAACCUAUCGAUACAUUGUUGUUGUUUCGUCUAGAACUCAACACACAUUCCACAACAGGAUUAAUGCCAACAAUUAUUAAAUUUUCGACCAAAAAUAACAACAAUUUCACUAUUAAUGUAAUGUUGAUCGACAACGAUACUCAAUUGGAAGUAAUAACAAUGAACAUUGACAUGAAUAUGUAUAUGGUUCGUAAUACCAUUAAGGGAUACACGCUAAUAGGGUGGUCUUCGGAAAAAAUCGUUGAUUACAAAAAUUUCAGUUAUAAAAUUGAAUUAUUCGGACGACCAUAUGAAAUAUUACACUGUUGUGGAACGCAAAAGGAUUAUAAUCUACAGAAAUACAGCACAACCAUAUGCGAUAGUAUUUACUCACCCGAUUACGUUAUUAAGCAUGUAAAAAAUAAGUUUUACAUGCCUAAUGCUGAAAACCUAUUGGCUAGAGCAAUUCUAAACAUCGAAAAAGCAGCUUUAUACACAAUAUACUGUCAUCUAGAACACUUAGAUGAUGUAAUGAUGGAAAUCCGAGUAGUAGACUUAAAUGUUACUGGCGGUAAUUCUACAGUAUAUGCAUCGACUCGUGCACGAGGAAAAACAGCAUUGAUUUCAGCUAUAUUUUUAGAUCCAAAUUCCAACAAUAAUUCACUAUCAAAAGAUUCUGAAACAAAAGAAUCUGAAUCUGAAAACCCAACAAGUAUUGUAUUUGUAAUCGAGGUUAUUUUAAUCAAGAACAUUGACAUCGAUUACAUUAAUAUACGAAAUGAUAUAAAUCAAUAUGAUUGGACAAUUUCGUGCACUUACGAUAAGAAAGCUACAGGUAUCACACUCGAAUCAACUGAUGUGGAUUAUAAUUUUCAUUUUAUCAGUUCAAUACCACACCAAAUCCAACCGCCUACUAUUUUACAGAAAUCACAAAACAAAAUACCAGCCAUAUCUAAUUCAAAUAUUACCAACAAAACCGAAAAAAAUUACAAUUUAACUCCAAGUUUGAGUUUCCACAAAAUAUUUGAACUUAUGGCAGCCGACCAAGAUUUAAUGGAAGAACAAUUUUUGGAUAAUGAUUCAAAUGAAUUAUUAAUUGAAAAAACAACUGCACUUAAAAAUAAAAUAAAAGAAAUAGCAAACCAGCAAGAUAUCACUAUAAACCUUUUAAGUUCAACCAUGGAGAAUAAAGCUGAAAGCCGUCUUAAUUCGGUUGAUGAAUUAAACAAACAAGUUUUAAAUUUACUUCAACUUCAACGUAAAUCAAAUAUGAAUGUAAAUAAAUCACGGAUAAUGAAAAAGAAGUCUCGUGUUAAUUAG